UUUUUGCAUGUCUUGGGAUGAAAAGACCUUUCGUCUGAAACGGUCUGAAACGUUAGGGACACAGUCUACCUACUAAAUCUAACAAGAUGGCGAUGGGAAGAAAAGGAAACGUGCGGCUUCCGCCGGAAGUCAACAGAAUCUUGUACAUACGAAAUCUACCAUACAAAAUCACUGCAGAAGAGAUGUAUGAUAUUUUUGGAAAGUAUGGUGCAAUCAGACAGAUACGAGUAGGUAAUACACCUGACACAAAAGGAACAGCUUUUGUUGUGUACGAAGACAUCUUUGAUGCUAAAAAUGCCUGUGAUCAUUUGUCCGGUUUUAACGUCUGUAACAGAUACCUAGUGGUACUAUACUACCAGUCAAAUAAGGCAUUCAAGAAAAUUGAUGCUGAUAAAAAGAAAGAAGAACUAGACAAAAUGAAACAGAAAUAUGGACUGAGUACACCAGAUAUACACGCCAGUAAACCUAAGUCUUAGUGCUUAGGAACUACACUGGCUUAUGUUUUACUGAUCUGUGUUGUUAAUUUGUAGUGAAAGUCUUCAAUUCCUGUGAAAAUUGAAUAAUGCUGGACAUUGAAGAGUGUGCUCACAAUUAUAUAAUAGCUUGAAGAGAUCUUCAAGAAAAAAAAGAUGCCGAAAGUGUAUUUCAACCUUAUGACAUUAAUAGCAUAACUUGGCUUUUUUCUAGACAUUGAUGUAAAAAAAAUUAAAAAGGUGAUUGAGAGGGCUCUGAAGCUUUAUCUAAAGCUGUCAUGUAAAGUAAUUGAUAUUCCUGUGAAGAAUUGAAUUAUAAUAUCCAAUACCUUUGUUUAAGAGAAAUUUUAAGGUAAACUUACAAGAUUGCUUUCAGGGUUUCUGAGCAGACUGAUUUUUCAUCAGAAAUGUUUCCAAGGACAAAAUGUACAUGCAUUUUUAGGUUUGAAGACAUUUCUAAGUUACACACAGAAGAAGUCAUCAGUGUUUUUAACAUUGCUCAUAUUUACAACACAGCGAAACAUUGCUUGCUGGAGAAUCAAUUAAUGGAGCACCUGGCCUGGCUGGAGCAAUUAAUCUAGUACACAGCCCGGGAUAACUUGAGCAUUUUGCUCAUACCCACGUGAUUUCAAGCUCUUAGUGUUUUACUGUAUAUUCUUAUUUUUUGUUGUUUGAAAUUUUAGAAAGCUACAAGUUUAAAUGUUAAAGUGAUAUAAAAAUUUUGCGGUGAACAUAUUAAGUAAUAGUUAACACCUCCAGUUUUUUGUCUAAUUCUAAUUAUGUUGAAGUACUUCUGUUUGUUAGCAAUUAGUGGGGGAUUUAGGUACUACUUUAUGCAUAAAAAAAAAUUGCUUAUAAUAUUGAAAAUCAGUCUUCUGAACAGAAAAAUUGUAGGAAAAUUUUUAAAAAAAUAUCGGUACUUGAUAUUGAUCUGAAAAGUAUCAAAUAUAGUAUAGAGUCAUGAAUUCUGAUAUACUUUAUGGGUCUAUCUUCUAAAAAAUGAUAUUGUUUUGUAUAUUGGGAGAUAUGUCCCUAAAUAUGCAUUACCUUUGGCAGGUUUUUUUUUUUCAUUUAAUGUCCAGUUCAGUCUUUGAACGGAAUGGUUAGAAAAUUUUACUCCGACUUGGAAAUAAGGGUUUUUGGGUAAAAAUGAUCCAUUUCAUCCAUCAUUUUCAUCAUUUUUUUUUCAUUUUGUAUAUUGUUCCACUUCAUGUGUGAGUAAAUGAUAUGAAUAAAAAAUGUCACUUAUA